AUGAAGAGGUUUCUCCUGGCCACCUGUCUGGUGGCUGUGCUGCUGCAGGAGGCAGGUGCAAUUCCAGCACUACAGGUCCCUGUCAAGACCAAAGGCAAACAUGUGAUCCUUGAGCAGGAAACAGAGAAGGCCUUGGGUGCCAGAGCUGUGGAACCCCUGGAGAAGGACCGCCAGCUGGGGGCACUGCUGCCUGUGUCCAAGGAGAAGCUUGCAGCUGCUGAGGAAAAGCGUUCAGAUGCCAUGACCUGGGUGGAGACUGAAGACAUCCUGAGUCGCUUUCGGAACCCUCACUACGGUCCAGAACUAGAUCUUGACAGCCUCCACCAUCCGACGUAUGAGGAGGUCCAAGAGGAGGAAGUGCCCCAGCCGUGGCCCGUGAUGUAUCGUCAGGUGCUCCAGGGGCCAGAGGAGGACCUUGACCACAUCUUCCACUCUCUGGAGGACUCCGAAUAGCUCUAAC